ACCGUGCGUCUGGUCUGUCAACAUGAGUGGGUUCUACCGGGCAGGGGAGCUGCUGGACCUCCUCUCACCGUGACCUGCAGAUAUCCACGAUAUUCAUUUGAAUCGCAGAGGAGCAGCCCGGGCAGGAGUCAGCGUGACAGGUGAACAGUGCGCAGCCUGGUGUUCACUGCCAGGAAACACAAGGUUGAGGCUCGGCGGCACUUGGAACAGCCAUGUCUCAGUUGGUGUCUGAAGCAGGAGAAUGAGUGCGCGCUGGCGAGGCAGAGGAUGCCACCAUCUUCCACCGGAGACUGUCCCGCUGAACCGAUCGAUUAGCUGACCCGUCAACCGCUGGAGAGCAGCGGGGGGUCGCUCCUACUGCACCCCGGCUUUAUCGUUUCCUCUCGACCCGCUCCGGUGUCCCAUGGCGGCUGUAAGCGGGGUCAACAUGCAGUCCCAGCUCGGAGACGUGGCGCUGGCGGGUCCCGGGGGAGCGGGGCUGCUCGCCGGGUCCUUCACCAACACCUCGGCGCCCUCCAGCCCGACGCCGGCCACCGAUGGUGGAAGGUGUGAGAACGGCGCCCUCAUGGACUCCUUUGGGAUUUUCCUACAGGGACUUCUGGCCAUGAUGGCUUUCAGCACGCUGAUGUUGAAACGCUUCCGGGAGCCAAAACGUGAGAGGAGACCCUGGAGGAUCUGGUUCCUGGAUACCUCAAAACAGGCCAUAGGAAUGUUAUUCAUUCACUUCGCUAAUGUCUACUUGUCAGGCCUCACAGAGGAGGACCCCUGCUCACUAUACCUCAUUAACUUCCUGUUAGAUGCCACUCUGGGCAUGUUGCUGAUCUAUGCUGGGGUGAGAGCUGUCAGUGCUGUAGUGGAGUGGAGGCAGUGGGAGUCUCUGCGUUUCGGAGAAUAUGGAGAGCCAGUGCAGUGCACAGCGUGGUUGGGCCAGUGUAUCCUCUAUAUCCUCAUCAUGAUGUUUGAGAAAGUCCUCAUCAUGCUGGUCCUCCUCAUACCCCAGUGGAAAAAGCUGGCUCUCCUCAACCCCAUACAGAAUCCUGACCUGGAACUGGCCAUCGUUAUGCUCAUCGUUCCGUUCUUCGUCAACGCCCUCAUGUUCUGGGUGGUAGAUAAUUUUCUAAUGAAGAAGCACAGGACAAAAGCAAAGCUGGAGGAGAGAGAGGAGGACCCUCGGGGGAACAGUAAGGUGCGCUACAGACGAGCUCUGUCUCAUGACGACUCGGAGUCAGAGAUCAUUUUCUCAGCAGAUGAUGAAAUGGACGAGUCUGACGAGGAUGAUGUUCGUCGGUUAAGUGGCCUGAAGACAGUGAAGAAGAAGAAGCUUCGCAUGGGGAUCCCUGUUUGACCCGUGUGCCUAGCUGAACUGCUUCCAUCAGAUGUUCUCCGGGAGCUGUUCACCACACAGAUCCACAAGCGGUCCCAGUACCUCAUCAGAAUCUGAUAUCAACCUCUUUUCAAACACAGGAUGCUCAUUGACGGCAGAAGAAAAAACUUUCAUUGAAUUCUCUGUUGAAUCCUGAAGAGUUCCUGCAUAAAGAGUGUCUAACCUGGGAUUUAUCAACACACCGGGAGAUUUCUUUUUUGCAGUUAACUUGGCACUCCUGUGGCGACUGAUCUAAAAUUCACUUUGGGAAAACAUCUCAAUCAUGAACCCUUGUUAACAUGUUAAAUUUGAAUGUGAGUGACGUAUGAAAAGGGCGACACUGGUACAAUACUAUGUGGACCUUGGUGGCAUUGUGAUGCACUGGUCCAGGAUUAUGACAGUUGGACAAAUCUCAGUGGCCACACCAGACCCAAACAUGCAAACAAAACUGAUUAAACAGUAUAUCUAAUACUCUAACAUGUCCUUUAAACUGAGUGUAUUCCUGAUGUAGAUCCAUAUGAACAUUGUGCUUUUCGUUUUCUCAUGUUAAAGGUGUGUGUGUGGGAAGUGAGGAUAUUUUGGCUGACCUGUACAGUUUUGAGGAUACAGAUUUAUAAGGAUUAGGAUUAGUUAACGUUUUAAGGUUAGAAUAAUGUUUAGGCUUUUAGUUGUGAGGGGGAGGGCAAGGGCUAGACAAUGAAUUAUGUCAGAGUGUCCUCACAAACACAGAAGUGUGUGUGCACGUGGGUGUGUGCGCGCACGAUUGCAUCAGACUGUUUGAAUCACGGUAUUGAUGUGACUAACACUUUUGAGCACAAUUCCACACUUGACUACUGUAAACUUCAUGUGUGAUGUUACUCAUAUCAAAGGGAGCACAUUCAUGCUUGCAGCAAACUUCCAUUUUUAUUCUCUUGUAAAGUCCUUUCAACUGUUACACCUACAGGACUGCAGGUACCACAGUGUGCAACAUGUCCCCUCAGUCAGUAUCGUUUGUCUGUGGACACAAGAUUUCCCUCUGGUUGACCGUUUGACUGACUCGCUGUGACUGCGUGUUCUUUGUCUUUGAACACAUUUCAUUUCAUUUGGACUUGUAGGGAUUUAGUAUAUGUUUUUGUUUGUGUUAUUUUCGGGCCAAAAAGGUGACUAUGCUUCUUCCAAAAGUGUUCUUCAUUCCUUUACUUUAAUGGGAAGAGUAGAUAUGGGAACAAUUUCUUGCACAGUUUCCCAGUUAUUCUAGCUUUCACCUUUCCUUUUGUGUUUCCUGUGAUUUGUUUUUUGUUACAAUAAUGUGCCUGAGUGCCUGUUUGUUAGAUUCUUUUGACUGUUUUAUCCAGAGCUCCAGAUCAUCAGGCAGCAUUCAGCAGGCUCUGAUAUAAAGAAUGUGACAUGCAUAGACCUCUAAACUGUAAAGUGACUGUCCACCAGACAGACAAGAGUCAGGCUGCGCGUGGGUGGAUGUGAAUUUGUUUCUAUGUGUAUGUAUGUGUGUGUGGGUGGUUAUAUAUAUAUAUAUAUUUAUAUAUAUAUACAUAUACACACACACACAGUACACCUGUAUGCACUGGCUUCUGCUGGAUGCAUGUGUGAGUGCUUCUUCUCAAUAAAGGAGAAGUGAUAAACUGUGACUGCAAUGUACGAUGACUAUGUUGCUGAUUAGGAUGUGUUUGGCAUGUUGGUAAGGAAUACAUGAGUGUUCAUUUUACUUGACUGACACUACAGCAUCUUGCAUCAGUUAUGUUAACUAAACCAGGACAAAGGACUUUUAAUGUUUUGCAAAGUGGACUGAGUAUAAAGGCAAGAGGUGGAGGUAAAUUAUCAUUAUAACUGCUUUUUCAAUAAAGGAUGUGAUAAACCA